UCUGCUGCAACAAUGGCCACUAUCUGUCAGAUAUGGAGACCGGACAGAGGACGGUGCUUCAAAACCUACGGAAUUGUUUUCGUUUUGUUCAUGGACCUGGUUUUACAGUGUGUUAACGGGUACCUGAGCUCUCCUCAUGUUGGCCAGGAGCCUCCCUACACCAGAGAUGCUCAGCAUGGACCUGUCAUCACCAGCCCAGUGGUCCCUGCUGCAGCCUCAGUGUCUCCUGCAGAUGAAGAGAGCUACGCUUCCAAGUGUCCCAGUGGGGGUUUGUGUAGUCGCCUGCCAGCUGAUUGCAUGCAAUGCAAUUACCAACACAACUGCACCUACAGGAAACCAGCAACCUUCACUUGUAAACCCAGAAAUGGAGUGCACUGCAUAGGAGAGUCUGGACAGCAGCAAACCAACUUCUCCCUCUCCAUCAUCUGUCAGUUCUGCUGGCAGUUGGACCCGUCCGAUUAUCGCUGCUCAAACUCCACCAACUGUAUGACAGUGUCCUGCCCCCGCAAACGCUACAACGCCACCUGUGACGUGUUAGACCAUGUGCAUUGUUUAGGUAAAAGGCGUUUUCAGAAACGUUUAUUCUGUAACUGGACUGGUGGAUACAAAUGGUCAACGGCAUUAGCACUCAGCAUUACACUUGGUGGUUUUGGAGCUGAUCGCUUUUAUCUGGGCCAGUGGAGAGAGGGCCUGGGCAAACUGUUUAGCUUUGGAGGCCUGGGCAUUUGGACUUUGAUAGAUGUCCUUCUGAUAGGUGUCGGUUAUGUGGGACCAGCUGAUGGUUCUCUCUACAUCUGAAGCAAAGCUCUGGAGACAUAGCUGGAUGGUUUGUGCUCUCUUUCCCUUCACACCGCUUCCCUCUCAAAGAUUUAAGAUCUGAGAUACUGUGUUCUUGGCACGUUUGCUUUCCCGGGCUCGCUGCGCAACACGUCCUCAUCCCAUCUGCUAACAGGCAGGAAGUGUUUUCCUCAUUACGCCAACGGUGUCUCUACCCACACAAACCCAUCAGAUCAAUCCCAGUCAUUCUGCCUCCAUCUCCUGUUGAGAUUCUGCACAUGAAAGUGUGCACGGGGAUAAGGAGCCAGUCAUUAUGCCUUUCUGGUUGCUCUGACAAAAAUGAUGGUUAGGCUCCGUCAUGCUGAUGUAUAGAUAGGUCUUUUUUUCCUGUGGAGCAGUGCUUUCACAGACAUCCUGCCACCUUGGAGGCAUGUGUGGCUCCCCCCUUGUUGAAAGGUAAAUGCAUUAAUGGGGGGUCAAAUGGUAUCCAUGGCUACAAAGCUCUUCAUGGUGACACCCGACACAAAAGACAAGCUGAGAGGUAAUAUUUAUGUCCUGAGAGAAAGCAUGAAUAUUCAGAAGGGAAUUUGUUCAGGUGUUUUUAUUGACAGUUGGUACUGUGGAUGAGUUAACGUUUAUUUUACAUGUCCUUUGUUUUUCUCCACAUAGUCAAGCCACAACUGUAAAAACAUUGCCUUAAGGGAUAGACAAACGAUAGCACGGCUUUUCAUAAGAUCAAUUCAAAUGUUUUAAAUUGAGGGUUCAUUGAUAAAGUUCAUAUGUUGUAAAAUAAAUAUGAUAGAGCAACUGUAUCUUCAAACAGAAACUGGAACAGAUAGAGAACCAGAAAGAAGUGCAGAGGCAAGAACUUCUGUCAUUUUCUGUGAUCACUUACUGCAACAUGCCAUCUGACUUUUGGGAAACUCAGAGAUAAUCUCUCAGUGUGUGUUUGUACAUGAUUAAUAUUGAAACACUUCAAGUGUGUUGCACUAGCAAACUGCAGUUACUUGUGGUUUCUCGAGUUUGAGAUUUGGGAGAUAUCCUGUGUGUUCAUCUGGUGUUUUUCCUCACUGGUUAUCAGUCUUCACAUGGUGAAAAGCGUACUAACACUGUAAGAUCUCUGCUUGAUACUGUGCGGCACAAACGGUCUCACCUCUCACCCCAUGUAAAUAUGUUUUACUGUUUUCAGUGUCAGGUUGUUUUAAUCUGUUGCAAACACUGUAAAUGACAUUUUUUUAAGUUAUGUAAAUAAACUUGUGAAAUAUAA